AUGACCAUUGCAGCUCUCGAUACGUUUGGUCGUGCUCGCCUUGGGCCAGAAUAUCGCCUCUUUGUCGUUGCAUUCUUCCACGAGCUUCACUGCCUCUACGAAAUUCGUUCAGGUAUACUUGAUAGAAACGACUUUUCUGCAACUCCUCACCACUUAUGCCAUUGCUUUGACUACCUUCGCCAGUUGAUGCUCUGCAAGGCAAUGGACACACUUGAGGAAGGUGAUUUCAUGGAGAAAGAUUUCGAGCAGGAACGGGUUGGAAGCUCUCUAGUCUGCAAGGAUUGGGAGAAAGUUUACAGUUUGCUUAAUGAUGACAAUAGGGCAUGGCUAAAGUGGGCCAACUCAUAA